UGGACCUGGAGGCAAGCUGCAGAUGUCCAGCCCCCUGACAGCCUGACAGGACGCGCGACCCUCAGCCAUUCGCUGCCGUCACCACGCGGCUGUCAAGCACUUACAUCCUUCUGGGUUACGUAAGAGGGACGGAGAGCUCUGAUUGGCACGUGCGCUGAGUACGUCGAACGUAGGAGGAUAAUCAAUUGCGUACACUAGCUAAGGAGCAAGUGAUUGGCACUACUACCCGGCACUUUAAGACAAAAGGGACUCGAAACUUCCAUUCACGUAGGCUAAGAGCUGCCCUCUAAACACACCGGGACAUCCUUUAAACGAAGCUACGUCUUUACUACUGAAGCGGAAAAGAAUCUUCAGCCAUGUCUGCGAACAUUCAUAUCAACAGCCCCAAUGUAAAGUACACAGACACACACAUUGUGUCACAGUACUCCUACCACACCACAUCAGUGCUCACAGAUGGAAACAAAAUCACUGUGACACCACGAACCACUGAGAUGACAUUUCGCACAGAGAGGCGUGUGCCCCGGCUGGGUGUGAUGCUGGUAGGCUGGGGAGGCAACAAUGGGACCACAGUCACAGCAGCUGUACUGGCCAACAAGCUGGGCCUCACCUGGAGAACCAAGACUGGGAUAAAAAAAGCAAACUACUUCGGCUCCUUCCUGCAGGCGUCCACUGUGUGCCUUGGAUCAGGGCUUGAAGGUGAUAUCAACGUGCCCUUCCGUGACCUCCUACCCAUGGUGCAUCCUGAUGAUAUUAUCUUUGACGGUUGGGAUAUUUCCUCUCUGGAUCUUGGCAGUGCAAUGGAAAGGGCUCAGGUGCUGGACUGGUCUCUACAAGAGCAACUACAUCCACACCUGAGCCAAAUGAAACCCAGACCAUCUAUCUAUAUCCCAGAAUUCAUUGCUGCAAACCAGGAGAGUCGUGCAGACAAUAUCCUCACUGGGACCAUGGCUGAACAGGUGGAGCAGAUUAGAGCUGACAUAAGGGACUUCCAUCAGUCGAGUGGUGUUGACAAAGUCAUCGUUCUCUGGACGGCCAACACCGAGCGCUUCUGUGAUAUCGUACCGGGGGUUAAUGACAGUGCAAAGAACCUGCUAGCUGCAAUCCAGGCUGGAGCAGAGGUCUCUCCCUCCACGUUGUUUGCAGUGGCGAGUAUACUGGAGGGUUGUGCCUACAUCAACGGCUCCCCACAGAACACUUUCGUACCGGGGGCUGUGGAGCUGGCGGUGCAGAGAGGAGUGUUCAUUGGGGGAGAUGACUUCAAAUCCGGUCAGACUAAGAUCAAGUCUGUGUUGGUUGACUUUCUGGUCAGCUCAGGUAUCAAGCCGACCGCCAUUGUCAGCUACAAUCACCUCGGCAACAAUGAUGGGAAGAACUUGUCAGCUCCGCAGCAGUUCCGCUCCAAAGAGAUCUCCAAGAGCAACGUGGUGGACGACAUGGUGCAGUCUAACCCCAUACUGUACUCCCCUGGAGAAAAACCUGACCACUGUGUGGUGAUCAAGUACGUCCCCUAUGUGGGAGACAGCAAGCGUGCCAUGGAUGAGUACACCUCUGAGAUAAUGAUGGGAGGGACUAACACCAUCGCACUCCACAACACCUGUGAGGACUCUCUACUCGCCAGCCCGAUCAUCCUUGACCUGGUGAUCCUGACAGAGCUUUGUCAGCGUGUGACCGUCCGUCCUCAGGGAGAGGAGGACUUCCAAUCCUUCCAUAGUGUCUUAGCUCUGCUCUCCUUCCUCUGCAAAGCCCCCCUGGUACCAUCAGGGACCCCAGUGGUUAACGCCUUCUUUCGCCAGAGAGCCUGCAUAGAAAACAUCCUGAGAGCAUGCCUCAGUCUUCCUCCUCAGAACCACAUGCUGCUGGAGCACAAGCUGCAGAGAGACUUCCUGCCUCCACAUGUCAGCCACAUCAAUGGCAACAUGGCUGCCUUGAAAAAGGUUACUCUUUCCAACGGGAAUCAUAUCACUCUAACAAACGGCAUCUGCGCUCAUGUGGAAGAUGCAGCACAUGCGAUAUGACCGCAAAUACAACACUACAGCCCAAGAUACUACUGAAAUCAGAUACUUUUUGUUACUAGACGUAAGGCCCUCAUUGAUCAAGCUACCAUUACAAAAACUUGAGCAAUACUGAUUUGAUAACUUUGCAGAUACCUGACAUUUAUGUUAGAUGCAUUUGAGAUCAUCAGUAUUCAACAAGUCCUUGCUAAUUUAGGACUGGUGAUGUAACAUCUAUACUGAGCAUCAGCAGAUAACAGUAAGCUCAUAUACUGCAAAUCUUUGAGUCUUCAUUCCACACAAAACUGUUCAAGGCAGGCCAUGUUGAAAAAAUAUACCUCUGUUUUUAUUAGAAUUCAACAUUUAUUUCAUAUUUAAAAAGUAAAUAUGUUUUCUUUUUAAUUUUUUGUUCAUCUUGUAUCUAUUUUAAAUGGUUCUUAAUGUGUUAAGUAAAUGUAAAAUACAACUUUACUGUGAACUUCUUAGAAACAGAUUUGUAGGUUUUACUGUUUUGCAGUUGUAAAAAGGUCUUGAUAAAUGCUGUAUUUGUUUCUUAAAUGUUCUGUUACAGAUCUUGAUUCAUGAGGGACAUCUUCUUAACAUACUGCAUUUUUGUGCUACUGUCUUUUGCUGCCUUUUGCAGCCAUCCAUAUGGUUUUAUGUUUAGCCAAAUGACAGACAAUAUGGAUGUAGUUUCAAGUGUUUUAUUUGAAGCUUACAUGCCCUAUUUAUUAACAAUAAACAUUUAAAUACUUUUA